GGGAGGUGAGGCAGGCGGGCGGGCUCGGUGGGGGCGGCGGCCCGUAGACGGCGCCCGUGGACGCGGCCCGGAAUCGGGCCCCUCGCACUGCUCUCCGGCCUCGGUCCGCUGGUCGGGCGGCAGCGCCGCGGGCCGCAGAGCGGCGGGCGGGAGGAUGGGUACCCAGGGCAGCCCGGUGAAGAGCUACGACUACCUGCUCAAGUUCCUGCUGGUGGGAGACAGCGACGUGGGCAAGGGCGAGAUCCUGGAGAGCCUGCAGGACGGCGCGGCCGAGUCCCCGUACGCCUACAGCAACGGGAUUGACUACAAGACGACAACCAUAUUACUGGAUGGCCGGCGUGUCAAGCUGGAGCUCUGGGACACGUCGGGCCAAGGGAGGUUCUGUACCAUCUUCAGGUCCUACUCCAGGGGCGCCCAGGGGAUCCUCCUGGUGUACGACAUCACUAACCGUUGGUCCUUUGAUGGAAUUGACAGAUGGAUCAAGGAGAUUGAUGAGCAUGCACCUGGGGUCCCCCGGAUCCUGGUUGGAAACCGACUGCACCUGGCCUUCAAGCGCCAAGUCCCAACAGAGCAGGCUCGUGCCUAUGCAGAGAAGAACUGCAUGACCUUCUUUGAAGUCAGUCCCCUCUGCAACUUCAACGUCAUCGAGUCCUUUACUGAACUGUCCCGCAUUGUGCUCAUGAGGCAUGGCAUGGAGAAGAUCUGGAGGCCCAAUCGAGUUUUCAGCUUGCAAGACCUCUGCUGCCGUGCCAUCGUUUCCUGCACCCCCGUUCACCUCAUUGACAAGCUUCCACUUCCAGUCACCAUCAAGAGCCACCUCAAGUCCUUCUCAAUGGCCAAUGGCAUGAAUGCUGUCAUGAUGCAUGGCCGCUCCUACUCCCUGGCUAGUGGGGCUGGGAGCAGUGCCAACAAAGGCAACAGUCUGAAGAGGUCCAAGUCCAUCCGCCCGCCUCAGAGCCCACCCCAGAACUGCUCUCGGAGCAACUGCAAGAUAUCCUAGCGAGACUGGUGGGCACCACCUGUGCAGACUCUGGGAGCUCGUGCUAGGGCACUCCUGGUUGAGUGCUGGAAGACUUGGCUACACAGCCCUGCCUAGGAGGCAUCAGGCUUCCCCACACCUGUGUCAGGUGAAAGAGGCAGUCCCACAGGAGAAGGCAUAUGCUCCGUACAGUGGGGAGAGGGGCUGCUGGUGCUACAGGGGCCCAGGUCUGAACUAACCCUGGACUCCAGGGCUACCUGGGCUGGGGCCAGGAGGAAGCCUGGCUCCCUUAUUUAUAUGGAGAACAUUUCACCUGUUUUGUCUAUUUUUAAAGAGCUGUCAGGAAAACCUGAAUGCAGCCAUGUGGUGAGCUUGCCCUCGCACAGCCACAUCCACUGUGGGGGAUGCUUGGGGUCAGGGAAGACAGGGAUUGAAGCAGUGAAGGAAGGGGUCAGCACCCAAAGGUGGAUGUUGUUUGGAUUGGAAUACAUUUCACCUGGGGUGCUCAGAGCCCCUGGAAAAUGGAGGAGCCAGACACUAGUGGCAGCAGUCUCAGCCCAGCUUCCAUUUCUGACCAAGGUGGUAAGUGUGCUGGGCACAGGUAAGAUGGUAACUCCUGCUAGCCCUCUCUGGAUGCCAUCCCUAUGCACCAGAGCUCCAGCAACUCCUAGGAGAAGAGAAGGGUAAGGGUGUGCCCAGGAGCCUCACUUCUGCCUCUCCCUGGUGCCCCCUUUAUGCCCCAAAGCUUCUGGUGAUGUUUACUAUAUACAAACUUAGCCCACCAUUUCCAGAUUGAGCAUGCAGAGCCAUCUGCAGACCUUAAAUACUUGAUGGGCCACUGCCCGCUGGCCUCCAGUAGCCUCUGGUUCUAAGGCCUGGAGCCCUUCUCUCCAACCACCUGCUCUCAGCAGAUAGUGCUCCCAACCUUGACUGUCCCCACAGCUGCUUUUUGCUGGCUGUGACCCUUCUGCCUAUGAGGGUUACGUGUCAUUGGAACCUUUUUGAGCUGUUUAGUGACACCACCCAAAGUAGCAGCCUCAGCCACACUAUGGGCCACAGGGUUAAAUACCACGUCCCUCCUCAAGGACCACCAGUCCAGCCCUAUGCCAGAGUUCAGCAAGCAGGGCCCACCUGUGCCCAUCUUGAAGCCAUGUACUGAUCCUCCACAGAUCCCCAUCUGCCUGGGAUAGCCCCACAGUGGGAAUGUCAUCACCAUGACCUCUUCACCUGGCCUGGUAAUGCAGCCCUUAGUCACACUGGUGCUCAACUCUACCUCCUGCCCUUGGGCCCCCAGCCACAGCAGGAGCUGCAGCCCUCAUUAGGGACUUCUUCAUGCAGAUUUCCAGAAAUUGUCCUACCAUGCGUGUUAGCAGGGCACCAGUCAACAUGAAGCACCUCGGCCUGCGGUUGUGGGAGAUGAGUCAUGCCACUGGAGGGAAGGCCGUGGAACUGCCUGAAACUGCUUAGAAACCAGUGGUUUCUAAGUCCCUGACAUUGAGAUGGCUUCACUCCUAGUCCACCUGUCCUGUUGCUGCCAAUAGAUCCCUUUUCUCUGGAAUCAUGAACAGAAUCACUCAGACUUUGUUUCGAGGACCUGGACAGGCAUGCCUGUGCGUCAACACUACUCUCGCUGCUGUGGACUCUAUUCCUGGAUUCUUUCUACAGUAAAUGUACUUCAGCUGUGA